CGGUGGCGCGGGAACCUGAUACGGUUAUCGUAAUACGGGAUGCCAGCCACACAACUUUCCUUCUACUAUCAUGGGCGACGACAGUGGGCCGUCUGAGAAAAGAACUCUGUGUGUUGCACAAUAUUGGCGCGGACACGAUUCCAAUGGUAACAGGAUGCCACUUCACUGGGCACUCUUUGCGAUCUCCAACGCAAAUGCCGAUUCAAUCAAAGCCAGCAGCUCUGGGAAAGAACAUUCAGAUCAAGUAGAUCACUGGGGGACUUGUUACCAAGCGAUUGGCAACAUCGACACCCUUACCUACUCUUGCAUUGAAGACGAAUGUAUGGAAAUUCUUGCUGAAGGCUAUCGUGGUUGUCUGGUGGUCGGAGAGAUUGAUGUGUUCUCGGAAAAAGAGAUAGGCGUGUUGCUUCGACAAGUAACCGUAUAUCGAGGCAGAGAAAACUGGAACUGUCAGAACUGGGUGCUUGCCGCUCUCGAGAGGCUUAAAGCUUCUAAUCAUAUCGCGAGCAACAUAUCACGCGAUGGCGUUUGCAACGAACUAGAGGAUAUCCUAAACGAUUGGAUAGAAUGAUCGUGAUCAAUCUCCACCGUUCAUACAUUGUGGCCAUGUUAUCGUUGUUUGCUUCGUAUAAAUUGUAUUAGUACAUGUGUAUUGGCAAUUGCUGAACACCUAAAGGCCAGGCAACACGAGGCUGUUUUUGCGCAGAUCUUUGUGUAAUACCUCUCGGACU